AACCCCCCCGAGCACGAUGUCGACCUUCGAUCCAGUCGUCGUGAUUGAUGGAAAAGGCCAUCUGCUUGGUCGUCUGGCCAGCACGGUCGCGAAGCAGCUGCUAAAUGGCCAGAAGAUUGUCGUAGUGCGCUGCGAGGCCCUCAACAUAUCCGGAGAGUUCUUCCGGGCGAAGCUGAAGUACUCGGCCUUCCUCAGGAAACAGACCCGUUACAACCCAACUCGAGGAGGUCCCUUCCACUUCCGAGCACCGUCCAAGAUGUUCUGGAGAACCGUCCGUGGCAUGAUCCCGCACAAAACUGCACGCGGAGCCGCCGCAAUGGAGCGCCUGAAGACUUUCGAGGGCGUCCCACCACCAUACGACAAGAAGAAGCGCAUGGUUGUACCCCAGGCCCUAAGGGUGCUGAGGUUGAAGCCCGGCCGCAAGUACUGCACUGUUGGACGGCUGGGCCAUGAGUUCGGCUGGAAGUACCAGGAUGUUGUUGCUAGGCUCGAGGACAGGAGGAAGGCGAAGGGUGCUGCAUACUACGAGCGCAAGAAGGCCGCGCGGAGGCAGUUGGCGGAGGCCCAGAAGACUGCCAAGGUGGAUGGAAAAGUCAAGUCGCAGCUUGCCGAGCUCGGUUACUAGGUGGCGGUGCUGGGAUGCGAUGAGCUUUCGGAGGGUUGAGGACGUGGGUUGGCGUGGAGUGCAUUGGUCUCAUGCGAUCUCUUCAACCUCUAUCAUAAACCCGGCCUCUUGAGGGGUGUUCCUGGCAAAAAGGGCAUAUAUCGCCGGUGUUCGACUAAUGCUCACGAAUAUCUGGGUCUCUUCAAGGUCGGCCAAUUCUUUUCGUCACACAAUCACGGCUAGAAGAAAUCAAAUUCCAGAGCUGCAUGUUCUUGGCGAUUUUGG